AUGCAUUUCUUCACUACCCUCACUUUCAUAUUCUUGCAUCUUCUGCCUGCCUCUGCCUUCCCAGCGAAGGUUCCUCGUGGCACGAAAAUUUCCCUCGCCAAACGCGCCACCUUGGCUGGCCCAGAUGGCGCGGUUGACAUCACUGCCGUGCAGAGGCACUUCGCCUAUGCUACCUCGAAAAUCCAAAGUGGCUUCGCCACCUACGAGCAAAACACGGGCGAGGCUCAUCCACUCGCAUCCGCACCUAGCCAGUACAAACGGGCGGACAGUGUCGUCCUGUAUACGGACAUGGAUGGGCAAAUGUGGCAGGGCGCCAUCUCCGUCGGUACACCGCCGCAAAAUUUCAGCGUCGACUUCGACACGGGGAGCAGCGACCUCGUGCUGCCCGGGCCGCUGUGCAACGAGAACUGCGAGGGCCACCAGUACUACCACCCUGACCAGAGCUCGACGUCGCACGACAUAUAUCGUGCGUUCAACCUCUCUUACGGCGAUGGAUCGAAUGCCCGGGGAGAUAUCUACCACGACACCAUCCGUGUCGCCGGCCUGACUGCCCACACUGGCUCCGUCGGUUCUGCCGAGACAUACUCGGACGGCUUCGCGCCCUGGAACUUCUACCCCGACGGCCUCAUGGGCAUGGCGUUCAGUGCUCUGUCCAAAUUUGGGUCUGGAUCUGAGUCUGUCUUCCAAACCCUGAUGGACCAGCACCAGACCAAAGAGGGCGUCUUCGCCUUCAAGCUCAUUGACAAUGGCAACUCCGAGCUCUCGGUCGGCAGCAUCGAUCAAUCCGCUGGCGCCGGCGAUUUGACCUACACGCCAGUAACCCAUCAGGCAUACUGGCAGGUCCAGAUGGACGGUGUGGCUGUCGGCGGGAACAGCACGCUUGGCAACCUGUCUGCCAUCAUCGAUACGGGCACCACACUGAUCAUCGGCGACGCCGCGAACGUGGGCAAGCUAUAUGCCUCCAUUCCCGGUGCGAAAAACGCAACCAGCGCGGGUGCUGGCUUCUACACCGUGCCCUGCAACGCCAUGCCUGACGUCAGCUUCACGUUCGGCGGAAAGCCGUUCCACAUCUCGAAGGACUUGUUCAGCCUUGGCCCAGUCAGCCAUGGCUCAUCAGAUUGCCUCGCCUCAGUGGUGGGAACAAGUGAUCAAAAAUUUUGGAUUGUGGGAGACCGCUUCCUGCAAAACGUAUAUACUGUAUUCGACAUGCAAGGACUUCGAGUUGGUUUCGCUGAGCUAUCAUGA